AUUUCAGACGGUACGUGGCGGGCACACUGCCGCACCAAAUGUUCCGCAACGCGCAACAUAACGAAAAAAAUUUCAUCGAGACUGCGCUGCCGACGAGUAAAAAAUCAUCAGCAAUUUAAAUACCAAGUUAAAGAUUGUGCCCUGUUUGAGCUAACUACGAAAACACACACACGAAAAAUACCCGAAAAAUAUAUUCAAUGAAAGUGUGAUUUGGAAACGCCGUUUAAAAUUGUCGAGCGCGUGCAUAUAUACGGGUUCCGUUGGUUGGUUUUUUCUGCUGCCUGUGCUACCACUUUACCUUUACGUUUACCUUAACGCAGCAGCAGCAGCAGCAGCAAUACACUCAUUUUGUUCGUGUUAAUAACUUUUUGUGCGUCUUUGCUUUGUGGUCGCCAUUCAUUUCAUAUAGUAUUAUUUUUCUCUUGGAUUUUUCUUCUUUCGGCCGAAACAACUACAACAACAACAACAGAAGCAGCAGCAGCAGCAGUAGCAGAGAAACAGCAACAAGCAGACAACAUGGAUGAAAGAGCGAGCGCGAAGAUCAUCAUAUACUUACCGUAAUCGUAUCGUGAAUGAAUAUCUUGUCUAUGUGUGAGAGGCGUGCUCUACGUGUGCGUAUGCGUAUACGUGUGUGUUCGUGUGUGUGUGGGAAACCGACCCCCCAAAGCAUUAAAUAAAUAAUCGUGUGUGCAAAUAAAUGUUCCAAAAAAUAAAAGAAAUUGGCCAAAACGUAGCAAAGAAAAGUGUGAAAAUUUAUACCCGACUUGGAUCAAUCGACAAUCGCCAUUAAGUGCACAAUCGUAUGGAAAAGCUCUCUCACUGUAGGUCCGGUCCCUCUCUCUCAGUCACUCGGGAGUGUGUUCGUUCUCAGCGAUCCGUUUACUGUUUCCCGUGAGUGCGCCUGUGUUCGUGUGCGUGUCUGUCCCGAAAUUUAGACAGUGUUCCCCGUAAGCUCUCAGUAGAGUUUGGAGCUGCCUCAACCUCGUCAUUUGUUGGAUACGGAUCAGACUUGCAGCUUCCAUCAGGAUCAGCAUCAGCAUCAGGAUCAGGAUCUUUUGCAAAAGUUGAAACCCUGGCCAGGAUGCGGCUCUAAGCGAGAAGGAGACAAUUCCCCCCGUCCCCCCCACCCGGAGAGUAGAAACCAAAAGCGAUGUCCAAGCAAGUGUUCUCGGCGCAUCCAGCGCUGGCCGUGGAGCAGCUGCAGCAGGCAGAGCAGGAGGAGAUCAGCAGCUGUAAUCCUCACCAGCAGCAGCAGCACCAGCAGCGAUCAUCCACGGCGCCGCAGAGCAGGCGGCAUGGCAAGGCCACGCCCAAAAAGUACACCAUGAGCAGGAGCUGUGCAGGCGGAGGCGCCACCAGCGCCCCUAGCACCACUGUCCAUCAGCCUAAAACAACAACGAUACCCGCCAUCAGUAGUCCCCCGGAAGCGAUCAGCAGAAAGACGCUGCCGGUUCGAACGAAUUACGCGGCCGUCGACGACGACGACGACAUCGAGUGCGAGGACGUGGACGAAGUGAACUUUGGGCAGCCCCGCGAUCAGACCGAGACGGAGACGGAGACGGAGACUAGACAACAAAACACCAAAGACUGCGGCACGGAUGAGACGGAUCACGUCCAGCAGCGGCACAAGCGGCAUCCACACAGCAGCAGCAGCAACAGCAACAGUCGGCACCAUCCGCAGCUGGAAGACGUUGGGCGCGGAGCAGCAGCACCAGAUGAGAGCGAUCUGAGUAGCGUGAUUAGCUCCCCGUCGGUCAGUACCGUGUCCUCGCCCCUGUCGACGCCCACGCGGCUGCCACAGGCACUGCAGCAGCAGCUCCAUUGCUGCCAAAAGGUGUCCGGAUCGGGGGCAUGCAUAGCCGGAGGAGCCAGGCCAGCGGCAGCAGCUGGUGGCGAGUCCCGAGCGCGGACGCAACACCAGGGCCAGCACUCACACCGUCACCAUCACAGUCAGCAGCACCACCAUCACCACCACCAUCAUCAUGCCAACGCCGCAGCGGGUUGUGCGGGCGGAGGAGGAGGUGGAGGAGGAGCUGCAGCAGCCAGUGGAUCCUGCAACAAGAACAAGAAGCUCGAUCCCCGGCUGAGUCCGUCGCCCUAUCGCCAGCUAUUGCCCAUUGCACUGUGCCUGCUCUCGUUUGCGACAGUCUUUGCCACAUUGAUUGUCUACAUGGACACGACAGAGAUCCGCCAUCAGCAGUUCCGCCUGAGCAUGUCGCGCGACUACGAGCUGAAUGGCGUUGCGCAAGACGAUCCCAAACUCAUUGCAUUCCUGCGCCAUUUCGAAAUGGGCAAAUAUAUGGGCAAGCCAUCGGUCAAGGCAGCUGCGGCGGCGGCACAGCCCAACACGGGACUGGGCGUUGGAGUACCACCAGCAGCAGCAUCAGCAGCAGCAGCUGGAGGAUCCCUCAGUUCCUACGGCAACAGCAGCGGCAGCACAGCUGAUCAGUUGGCCCACUAUGUGGCCGAUCUGUUGGGCGGAAAGAUGGAUGGAGCUGUGAUCCAGUCGCUGAGCGGUCCGCUGGCCCAUCUGAUCACAGCGCCCUGGCUGAACGAGCAUCUCAAUUGGAUGGGAGUGCUGGUGGAGCCGGACCCUCGCUGGUACUUCACGUUGCGCAACCAGAAUGCGCAACGGGCGCGCAUGCAGGUGGUGCAGGCCUGUGUCUCUCCCAACACGUAUCCCAAAGAGAUUACCAUACACAACGAGGAUGUGCGCAUCAACAGUCUGCACGACGAGGAGACCUCGUGGUUCAAUUCGCGUGUCAAAUGCUUUCCGCUCUACACAAUCAUGCUGGCAUGUGAGCGCACCGAAUACGAUUUGCUCAGUCUGGGCGUGCAGGGGCAUGAGCUGGAGAUCUUGCAGACGCUGCCCUUUGACAAGGUGAAAAUCCAAGUGAUAUCGAUCCAUCUGCUGGAGGAUCACGAGGAUGUGCACGACUAUGUGCUGGACAUAACCAGGUUCCUGGCGAGCAAAUCCUACAAGCUGCAGCGUCGAAUGGGACGCAACUACUUCUAUCAGCGUCUGAAUGUCGGUGCCACGCGUACGCGCAAGAAAGACAUCCUCCUGCUAAAGACGCCCUAGACGCUCCUCUAGAAACGAUCAUCGACAUCGAUCCAUCAACUCACGAACAACGACCUAGGGCCCGAAUUGUUAGAGAAAUCCGUGUAGAAGAGAAGUCCCGGCUAAACUUUAUGUUCUAAUGAUAAUUAUUACAAUACCGUAUGCUACACUAUAUAUACUAUAUACUAUAUAUAUAUAUAUAUAUACAGAUAUAUACAUGUUGAAUAUGAUUAUGUACACGCUAAAAAACAUACAUAUAUAUACUGUAUACCGAUUAUGAUAUGUAGGAUUCUUAGUUUUUGUAAAACUCAAAUCUCUCUUUA